UACCAAUAGCAACUUAUCACUGUCCUAUUAGAUAGGUUACAAUCCUGUUUCCGUGACAGGAAUUGAACACAGGACCCUGGAGGUUUGGAAGACAAGCAUCUUAACCACCAAGUUAUUCAAAUCCAAUACCAUGGCUUAUAAACAUACAUAAAAUUCACUAAAAAGUAAACAUGCCGAUGUGUUCCUUUGACUGCGAAAUGCUCUUCAUCAUCAUAGGACUACAACUUAUGAUUUUCAACAGACUAAGCUUUGGAAGCCAAAGCUAUGUAACACUUUUGAAUCAUCAGCCUAGCAACGCAGAGGAUGGCAAGGGGUUCCAGUGCUACACACCUCCAAUUGUUUCAGGUGACAUGUUAAGUUACGGUAGAUCAUACCAAAUAGACAGCACUGACAGCCUUACAGAUAUACCUUGGAAUGUUCUUGUUGGUCAAACUAGAUAUCCUACACCAGAUCCAGCUGUAGCAGGUGGGAACGUCGGAGUUUACUACUGCAAGUUUGUGAAUGGUCUCAUCACUACGAUCGUUCAAACUACAAAAAGAGAUAGUGAUGCCAUCAUUAUACCAUCGAAUGAUAAGGCAAGCGUAUCUGCCAAUGUGGGUGACAACGUCAAGAUCAGCUUUCAGGUCAUAGGAGACGUAAAUAGACCGCUUGUCUGGAGAAAAGACAAUGUAGAGAUAGUCACAGAAGAUACGGAAAGUUUGACGUUUAAUCCAGUAAAUGUCAAUGACGCUGGGGUGUACGAAAUGCAUGGAACUGGGCAACGAAAUUACCGAACUCAUUCAUUUAUUAUGCUGACUGUACGAGCGUGUCCACGUCACAAAUGGGGUCCUCCUGAUUGUACAGGUGACUGUGAAUACUGCUAUAAUGGUGGCGUGUGUGAUGAUAAAACAGGACUUUGUAUUUGUGCACCUGGCUUUAAGGGAAGAUUAUGUGAAAUUGAGUGUGGUCAAAAUAAGUUUGGAUGGAACUGUGAACAAAUCUGUACAAAACACAAUAGAGCAGAUGCUUGUAAAAGCUACCAAUUCUGCUUACCAGAUCCAUACGGAUGUAGCUGUGUUACAGGAUUCACGGGCAUUAACUGCCUUACAGCUUGUUCCGCCGGAACAUUUGGAGCAGGAUGUUCUCAAGUAUGUCAUUGUAAUAGUGGUACAUGUAAUAGGUAUACCGGGAGGUGUACCGGCAGUGACACGACUUGCCAAGAACGAUGGACGGGAUCAAAUUGUCAGGAAUGCGCCAAGAACUUCUUUGGUGAGAAUUGUGAACAAAGUGCAUGCACGCAUCCGUGCACGUUAUGUUCUCGCACAGGAGCAUGCGUAGAGGGAACAUGUCAUCCAAACUGGCUGGGCAAAACGUGUGAGAUAGGAAUUUCUGAUACCGCGUUUACUCCAGCAAAUUAUGGUCACAUGACAGACAUAUAUUGCAUUGUGUCGACUAGCGAUUCGUCAGCUUCUAUCGACAUUCUACUUCAAGUAACCAUCGGUGAUCACACAGAAAACACAACUUGGGCUUAUUCAGAAGAAGAUGGUGGGAAAAAAACAUAUAUAUUUAACGUACUCGCCGUGUUUGGAACCAAGUACACAUGUAUUAUUCAACGAAAAGGUGAAUACGCAGAAAAAGAAAUUACUUCAGUAAUUUUUCGACCACCGUCUUACAAUGGAAAUCUACAAGCAGUCGUUCUGUCUGGUUCAGUGGUUGAAGUCUCAUGGACAGAAUGGAACAAUGUGACAAACACUGGAGACGGCCCGAUCAUCGGUUACAUCCUUUAUUACAGAAAGACAAACGACGACGAAGACGAUGACAAUUGGGAACAAACAUCUAUAGUAAAUGGUUUAACUACAAUUGUGGAAGGUUUGCACUGGGAAACAAAUUACACAUUUGCUGUGUCAGCAGUAAGAGAUGGAGAUGGAGGGCAAGGAGCUAUUGGGAAACAACGAGCUGUUGCAGAAAUGCUCUGCGGAGAACCAGAUUCGGUACAGAACGUUAAUUGGGAGGUAGCCCAAUGUGGAACAGAUUCAACAAAUAUCAUCAAAGUCACGUGGCUGGAGACCCAUCACCAACAAAGCGUCUUGAAAUGCUCAGACUUAACAUAUUACUACACUGUAUAUGUCAAGAUAGAAAAUGAAGAAGAUACUGAAUACGUCAAAUUAUAUCAGGGUCCGAAAGCAGUUUUUCUUUUUGAAGACUACGGCACUGAUUACGUAAUUGCUGUGACGAUUUCUAAUAAGGACAGUGAAAGUAACUUUGUGGAGAGAACAAUACAUUCAACAUCAGAUGCAAAUCUUGCAGAGCAAGCACAUACCUGGUUGUAAUUAUCAUCUUAGGCUCCUUAUUCGCUUCCUUGUUGGUGUACACUUUAGUGCAGUGCAUACGAAGACGGACAACAGUAAUGAAAGGCAAGAAAAGAGAGAAUAAAGCGACGAAAGGUGAAGACAUUGAGGUUUUUGAAAUCUCUUCUACACAUACAGCUGCCGAAAAUCAAAGUGGAUAUACAAAGUAUUCCCAAAGAAUUUGCAUUGAUGACCAAUACACCGAAAUUAAACCAAUACCCUUAAAAGAUAAGGCCGGGUACGAUCAUAAUAUUUGAAUAUACUAAAGACAAUUAAUUAGGCCUAUUCCUUGGAAAUUGUGAACAAUCUGAAGUGUGUAUGUAAUUAUUAUUACUUGUUCAUAUUAAAGCAAGUUCUUAUAUGACGAUAAUUAUUUUAGUGCAUAUCCACGGCAUAAUGUAAUGUUAAGUAGCGCUAUGACAUUGGUAUUACUCCAACGUUAAUCGACAACACUAUAAUUGUAAGAUUACGAAAAAAGAAAGAAAAAAAAAUUAAUUGUGUCCAAAAAAAAAAAAAAAAAUUAGUAUUAGAGUUUAUAAAACCGAGAUGUAAAUUAUAUCUGUUCCUUGUUUACACACAUUCAGUAUUUAUAAUGGAACAAAGGAUUGAUAAAUUUAAUUGAUUUUGAAUAUAUAGUCUAAUCUCAUAUUCUUUAGGUUUUAUUUUUUUUUUUUUUGUAUGGUAAAUUACUCAUUUCAGCCAGUCGCAUCCAGGCUCCACUUUUCCUCAUUUUCCGUAUAUUUUUACAACUAUUUACUACAAAACUUUUACUACUUACCAUUUAAUUUAAGGGUGUACUAAAUUACUUAAAUAUAUACAUAGUAAG